UCUGUGGUUCUGGAGGCCUUGUGAAGGAUUUUCUUUGGACAUUGGCUGCUUUGUAAGCCCAUUACCAGGCCGAUGUCGGACCAUAUUCAGGAUUUUUAACCUGUCACCAGCUGCCCGCCACAAAUACACAAUUUGCUCCCAUUUCUUUAUUUUAAUCUAUACAAACUACUGACACACAGAAACUGGAUUUUAGCUCCAACAAAGUAAUUCUCAGAAGUCUGUGAGAAUAUUUUGUGGACAGUAGAUCAGGGUUUCUUUACCCUGGUCUUAAGGUUCCACCACUGUCCUGCAUGUUUUAGGUGUUUCCCUGCAGCCACACACCUGACUUGAAUGAACAGGUGAUUUCGAUGGCAUGCAGGAGGGGAUGCAGUCAUUUGAAUCUGGUGUGAUGGUCCAGAGAUUCAUCUAAAGCAUGAAGGGCUGGGCCCUGAGGACCAGGGUUCGGGACACACUAGUCAACAAGGUUUGGAUCAAGUGGAGCCAGCUGCGACAGGUCCUCCAGCGCUCUCUACUGGACAGGUUUCGUGUUGCAAGAAGACUUCUUCCAUGUGUUUUUUACUUUAUAAAACUUUGUUUCCCAUGAGGUUGGAAAUAGGAAAUUAUCCAUGUUUUGAAUGAUGACGUUCCUGGCAGUGAUCUAAUAUCAGACGUAAACCUCAUCCUCCCACCUUAGAACAACUGUCUGAAAGAUGUGAAUGGGAUGGAAAGGACAACUCCAGAUUUAGUUGGUGGAUAUUCUAAAAAUAAAUGGUCUUUCCAUCGUUUGGCGCUGGGCGGAACCUUUAUUUAAAGGCUACAGUUUCAGGACGGACAUUAAGAGCGGGGACUUUAGCGGCUAACAGCAGGAUCACCGGGAAGAAUGCGGGAGCCCAAACGGUGUCGGAGCUGCUGAUUGACCUGUCAGAGUACGUCAAUCUAACGUCUCCGCCGGUGGCGGCGCCAGCACCCCCACAGGCCCGGCGGCUCCCACCUAAACCACCACCAGCACCACCAGUCUGCGCUGCACAGUUAGUUAGCGCCCAGACCGCCCAGCCAGAUGGACCAGGCGCCAGAGUCCUCGUUGUCUCCCGCUCCUUGUCCGACUUCACUCCCCAGGCGACCUUUGACAUCAAGAAAUGCGACCUGCACCGCCUGGAGGCGGGGCCUCCUACGAAGGCGGAGCUGACGAGGGAGCAGGGCCUCCAGUAUUACCGCACCAUGCAGAUGGUGAGGCGCAUGGAGCUCAAAGCUGAUCAGCUCUACAAGCAGAAGAUCAUCCGGGGAUUCUGUCACCUCUACGAUGGCCAGGAAGCCUGUGCUGCAGGUAUCGAAGCCGCCAUCAACCCCUCGGAUCAUCUGAUCACGGCUUACCGAGCUCACGGAUACACCUACACCCGGGGAGUUUCAGUCAAAGAGAUCCUGGCUGAGCUCACAGGUCGGAAAGGCGGCGUGGUCAAAGGGAAGGGAGGCUCCAUGCACAUGUAUGCUCCUCAUUUCUAUGGUGGCAACGGGAUCGUGGGCGCGCAGGUGCCGUUGGGAUCUGGUAUCGCUCUGGCCUGUCAGUACCAAGCCAACAAUCAGAUCUGUGUCACACUGUAUGGAGACGGAGCAGCCAAUCAGGGCCAACUCUUUGAGUCGUUCAACAUGGCCGCCCUGUGGAAGCUGCCGUGCAUUUUCAUCUGCGAGAACAACAAGUACGGCAUGGGGACGUCCGUGGAGAGAGCUUCUGCCAGCACCGACUACUACAGGAGGGGAGACUUCAUCCCUGGACUCAGAGUGGACGGGAUGGACGUGCUGUGUGUCAGAGAGGCUGCACAGUUUGCUGCAGAUCACUGCAGAGCUGGAAAGGGGCCCAUUAUUAUGGAGCUCCAGACCUACCGUUACCAUGGACACAGCAUGAGUGACCCGGGUGUCAGCUACCGGACCCGGGAGGAGAUCCAGGAGGUCCGCAGUAAGAGUGACCCCAUCUCCAUGCUGAAGGAGCGAAUGCUCGGCAACAACAUGGCGUCUGUAGAGGAGUUCAAGGAAAUCGACAUCGAGAUCCGGAAGGAGGUGGAGGAGGCGGCUCAGUUUGCAACCUCUGACCCUGAGCCGCCGUUGGAGGAGCUUUGCAACCACAUCUUCUCCAACAACCCGCCGCUGGAGGUCCGCGGGACAAACCCUUGGUCCAAACUGAAGUCCAUCAGCUAAACCCGACACAUGAAUACACACUCCACACCUCUGAUCUAGAGGUAGAAACCUCCCAGAGCUACACGAGCCCUCCUUGGAUUCCAGGAUCUGAACGGGACCCGCCAGUAUUUAUUUAGAGCUGUAUUUAAUAGAAGUUAUUUUAUGUGUUGUACAUCGAACCAGGCUGCUAGCGUCGCAGAAUCACCAACAAGCUUUUUAUUCAAAUGCACCUUCCUGUAAAUGAGAUGCAGUGUUGCUCAACAGACGCAGACUUAAAAUGUUUCAUAUGCAGGUUUUUAUUUCUGUCCGACAGACCCGUUUGGAGUCUUCUCCGUUCCUGCGUCUGAUCCGAACUCCUGCAGAAGUUUUUAAAAGGUGUGAAACUCUGCCUUUUUAGGAAUGCAGUCAAGGAUAUUGUAACGUCGGUCUUUCUCCAAGGACGAAGCCAGCUUUUACAUGUAAACCUUUACCGGGUCGUAGGCGAAGAGUCCAGAGUUGAGCUGGAGAGGUGCUGCAGGUCAAAAUAAGCUAAGGGAAAUAAGAGGUCUACACUACAAGAAGCAGAGCACCUACUAACUUAUUUCUCCCAUCUUCUCUAUAGACUGGGUCUGAUUUUUCACUUUCUUCCCUAAUAUCAUUCUCAAGAGGUCGAGAACUGGAUAUUUCUGGUGUUUCUGAAAGAGUUCCUGCUCUCAUCAUGAACUCUCUAGAAUUUCUCCAUUAGCUGUUGGAAAUGUAAAAGCUGACUAGAUGCUGUUUUUAUUUCUGAUGUUUCAUUUGAAGCUUUGAAGCUCCUCAGCCUUACAUUCAGACUGACACAGGUAUGUUUGGAAGGAUAAAAAGACAUUAAAGCUUAGUUUUUAUGGACAAACUUGCAUCUAUAAUUGGAAUAAUCUGAGACCCUUCAUUUUACUAUACUUGUACAGAAAAUUGUAUUUAUUUGACUUUUAAACCCUGUAAUUGUAACCGGCUGCGAGGGUUAUUGUGCAAUAAAUUAUGAUGAAAGUG